CAUUCAGUUCCAUUGUGUAUCCGGCUGGAGGUCCUGCAUUCAGUUCCAUUGGGUCUCCGGCUCUGGCAGUCUGACCAUGAUUUCUGGAGCUUGCUGGAGGUGUUUGCUGCUCUCUUUCUGUUUUCUUAGAGGAUCAGCGCAGAAUUUGGCGCAGACGAGGUUUAUCUGCACCUCAGUUCCCGUAGACAUGGACCUGUGCACCUCUUCCAUGCAGAACAGUGGACCCACAGAGGACCUGAAGACCACCAUCCUGCAGCUGAGAGAGACAGUCCUACAGCAGAAAGAGACCAUCAUGAACCAGAAGGACACCAUUAGAGAGCUGACCACCAAACUGGCCAGGUGUGAGGGGAACACAGUUCUGGAGAUCCCCUCACUUGGCAGCACUGGCUCCAGGAAAAAGGAGAAUGGGACCCCCAAAAACACAAUGGGAGACUUGUCCAGGACCCCCACAGCUGAGACCCUCACCCAGCUUGGACAAACCCUGCAGUCUUUAAAAACCAGACUGGAGAACCUGGAGAUGUACAGCCGGGGCAAUUCGUCUGCCCAAGCCAACAGCCUGAAAGACCUACUGCAACUCAAAAUAGAGGAUUUGGAGAAACAAGUUCUCUCUAGAGUGAAUAACCUGGAAGAAGGGAAAAUGAAUCUUAGAAAUGAAAGUGAGCAGAGGGGAAAGAUUGAAAGCACUCUGACAACCCUUCAUCAGAGGAUCACAGACCUGGAGAAAGGUCAGAAAGAGAACAGACCGGCAGACAAAUUCCAGCUCACCUUCCCGCUGCGGACCAAUUACAUGUACGCCAAGGUUAAAAAGAGUCUGCCAGAGAUGUACGCCUUUACUGUAAGCAUGUGGCUUAAAUCCAAUGCUUCCCCUGGUGUAGGGACUCCGUUCUCAUAUGCUGUGCCCGGCCAAGCCAACGAACUGGUCCUCAUUGAGUGGGGAAACAAUCCUAUGGAAAUACUCAUCAAUGACAAGGUUGCAAAACUGCCCUUUGUUAUCAAUGACGGUAAAUGGCACCAUAUCUGUGUUGCCUGGACAACGAGGGAUGGUGUAUGGGAAGCCUAUCAAGACGGGGUGAUGAGGGGAAAUGGAGAGAACCUGGCUCCUUAUCAUCCAAUCAAACAUCAGGGGGUCCUGGUCCUGGGACAAGAGCAGGAUACAGUGGGAGGUGGAUUUGAUGCAACACAAGCUUUUGUGGGAGAGAUGGCUCAUUUCAACAUGUGGGACCGGAAGCUGACUGUUGGAGAGGUCUACAACCUGGCCACCUGCAGCAAUAAGGCACUCACCGGUAACGUCAUCAGCUGGGCAGAGACCAACAUAGAUAUCUUUGGUGGCGCCACCAAAUGGACAUUUGAUGCAUGUCGUCAGAUCAAUUGAAAGCACAUAAGGCUGGAUUUCAUUUUGUUCAGCUUAAAAGAUAUCAUUGGUCUCAUCUUGCACCCUGCCUUCUAAACGAGGGCUCAUCACGAACAAAAGGUUGUUUAAUUUUUCUAUCUUGCAAAAACUGAUAAAAAAAUUAUAAAAAAGUCACAAAAACGAGGCAAAAAAACCCCCUAUAUUUAAAUAUAGAGGGGAACAUAAUUCAGCCAAGCCACUUGUUUUUACCAUAAAGAAUUCACCUCUCGCGACUCGAGUUAGGCGUGAGAGUAUUCAGGGUUUUAGAAAUAGGCACAAAGGAGCUUAGAGGAGAGCAGGGAUGGAGUAGGAGGAUUUUAGGGAGAGAUUUCAUUUCUUUUGUAGUAAUGAAGAUUCUCGGAGAGUUUGGUUUUUGUAUUGCCAACUUAGUUUAACCUUCUAACUGCCGUAAGGGCCUGCAACGUUUUUCAUAGGAAUGGAUUACAAGUGCUCUUCAGCAGGGAUGGGGUUAAUCCUGAGUGCCUUGAGCUGGUGCAAAUAUUUGAGCACAUAAUGUUUUCAUUUUCAUACUUUUUAGACUUUUCUCUUUUUCAUGAUCACAAUAAACAUCUGCUAUGCUGUUUGUUAGAGGCACUUUUGUCUUUUGCCCGAUCUCUUAAUUUUCUUCUUUGUUGCUGUCUGCCAAUGCUUUCCCCUAAAAUCACAAAAUUCACAACUUUUUACAAAAUCUGGUUCCUGGGCCUCGCUUUCUCGUAAUAUCUCCAGCAGAUCCGAAAAGCACUAACAGCAUGGCAUUUAAAGUGCUCACUGCUUCCUCAGAUUGAAGGUCCACAACCAAAGCAGCAUUAUGCUUUCAUUCCUUUUAUCUUUGUCCAGGAAUACAAAAUCUUUUUUCUUUUGUGAGACGAUAACAUAUGUAAAUACAGUAUUUAUUUUGUGGCUGAGCAAAAUAUUUAUUCGCGCCACGUAUCUGCAUGAUAGAAACGUUGAUCAUUUUAUCAUCUAUUUGCUUUUUUUUCCUUCCCAAAAUGAUCAAAUAAAUCCCCUUUGCUAUUUUCUUUGGGACAAAUUAUUAUUAGUUUUUUUUUAAAUCCACCGCCCUAACAUUUGACUCAUUUCUAUAGAGUUUUUAUACUGCAAUGCAUCAGCUGUGUGAGAUGAUAUUUGAUAGUGAUUAAUCUUAUUGUAUUAAAAAACAAACAAAAUGCAAUAUAUGGGGUGAUGUAAAAAGAGGGAUUUGGGGAUUUGCCCCCAAAAUCCUCAUUAUAUGAACCCCCUCAUGUUGUCUGUUUGUUUUGAAACCCUUAAUUAAUUUCUUUCUAAAAAAAAACCGAAUGAAAUCAACCUUUGCAUUUUGUAAACUUUCACAAGUCGGUGGGCGCAUAUUUUGGGGUUUUGCAUUAGGUGACUUGCACUAUUUGCCAUAGUUUCUAGAAAGCCUUUACAUGGUGAAUAGCCGUGUUUGGGUGCACACGUCCCCUGUAACCUCUGUAUUUUAUAAGCCAGUCAUACUACACAGGUAUUCUUGAGAUUUUGUUAGUUUGCAGGGAGCUGUCUGCUCAGCACUGCAUGCUGUUUCCAAUGUAGCCAUGGACAAUCCCUGCACUAAAGAUGUCAAAACAUGUCCCAGUUCCUAAUCCGUCUUGCACUGUAUUAAAUAUGCCUCUCUCAGGUAAAUGCCAUUUUGUGAUGGAUGCUGUUACAAAGACAGCCGUGUUUUUGCCUAAAAACUGUGUUAAGCUCCCGUCGGCAUAUUUAAAGUUUUAAUUCUAUAGCUGAAGGGAGGAAUCUUAGGGCCAUUGCCUCUAGCAAGCGGUUGCUUAGCAAACCCUGAAGCCUUGUUCCUUUUGAUAAUUCCAUAAUCUGUAUCGGUGUAAAAGGAAAUGUAUAAUCUGUUAAAUUAUUUUUUAAUACAGUUUCAAAUAUAUCUAUAUCUAUAUAUCUAUAUAUCAAAAUUUAACUUGGGCUACCCUCCCUCAAAUAACUGUAAAAAAAAAGAAAUACAUAUAGAAAUGACUUAUUUUCACAAAACAGAUGUGUUAUGUCUAUAUAUAUCAAUAUAUAUAUAGUUUAUUGAUCUCUAUGAAGAUGUACUGUAGUGAUCACCGGAGACCCUUUGAGGGACACGCACAUUUUGUACGACGUGUCAGAUCCAGGGAGUUGAGCGAACAUUGAAUUAUCUGUUAGAAAUAGAUUGACAGAAUUUUGUGCUUUACCGAAGCCCAGCGAGCUGACAAGACAUUUGAAUUACUUGCUUUUGGUGCAUGCAUACAGUGACGUCCACAAAGUGGGCUGCUCUUAUUAUAACACUAUUAUUAUUAUUAUGUUAUUAUUUAUAUAGCGCCAUCAGAUUCCGUAGCGCUGUACAAUAAGCUAUGAUCUCAGUCUUAUUUCAAGGCAAUUUCUUAUUGUGAAUGUUAUGUUCUGUCACUGUCCAAGAAGGGCCGGCCAUCCAAGCACAACAAUUUCUGCCAGUCCUACAACCGGCGGGUGCUCCUUGGGGUAUUUCUAUGGUAAACAUGUUGCAAUCAGCACCUACAUUCAAUUACCAAAGCCGUAAAUGUCUCCUUGUGAUCCCGCUGUCACCGCCUGUUUACCCCUUGAGCACCAAGGGCAUUGUGCAUAGCUCGGGUGGACUGCUCUCCUGAAGGCGCUCGAGGGGUUAAUAGCUCGAUUUCCAACCUGUAUGCAAUCCUUUUCAUGUUUCACAUUACUAUUCAUGCUUUUAUGUCGGUUUUACUGCUGAAAUUGAUUGUUGACUUUAUUUUUACACAAAUAAAAAAAGAGAACGAGCAA